CAAAUUCACAAAGAUCAUUAUUCUUGAUGAUAAUCAAAACAAACAAACAUUAAACACGAUGGGAUCAACAUUUUCAAAACGUUUACAAUCAUUGAUUGAAUCAUUACCAUUUUUUCAAACAUUACAUAUAACAAUGGUCGGUCUUGAUUCAGCAGGUAAAACUACUGCAUUAUAUCGUUUAAAAUUUGGCCAAUAUAUUAAUACAUUGCCAACAAUUGGUUUCAAUUGUGAAAAGAUUAAAUUUGAUUUUCGUAAAUCCAAGAAAUUACAUUAUUUUCAGGGUGUUUCCUUUACAAUAUGGGAUAUUGGUGGCCAAGAUAAAUUACGACCAUUAUGGAUACCAUAUACACGUUGUACAGAUGGUAUUAUAUUUAUGGUCGAUUCAGUUGAUGAUGAUCGUUUUGAAGAGGCACGUAUUGAAUUAAUGCGUACAUUAAAAUUUCCACAAAAUGCACAAGUACCUGUAUUAAUAUUUGCUAAUAAACAUGAUCUACCAAAUUCAAAAACACCGGAUGAAAUUACACAAGCAUUAGGUUUAAAUGAUUUGAAUGGUAAACAUUUAUGGCAUAUACAAUCUUGUUGUUCAAUAACGGGUGAUGAUCUGGAAGAUGGUCUGGAACAUCUUUAUGAAAUGAUUUUAGAACGUAGACGUAUGCAAAAAUUACAACCAAAUAAUCAAUUUCAUCAUCUUUCAAAUCAUAAUCAUAGUAAUCAUCAUGGUAAACGAAAAAGAUAGGAAAUGUUAAUGAUUUUUGACUUUUGACGUUGUCGUCGUUGUUGAAUUGCCAAAAUAUAUUUCCCCAUUUGGAAUUAUCGAAAUUUAUUGAAAUUUUGACACACAAAAACGAAACACAUUUUAUACUUUUCAAUUUAUCAACAUUAUUUUUUCUUUUGGUGGGGGGAAAUUGAUCCUAUGGGAUUUUUCAGGGUUGAUUUCUUUGUAAAUUUUUUUUUCUUUCUGGAACGAAAAACACUCAGACAUACACACAGAUUUCAGAAUAUUAUCAGAACUUUUUAUUUGUAAAAUAUUGUAAAACGACUAUAACAAAUCGAGAAAAAAUAUAUAAUUUAA